AUGUGGCCACACAGGUUUAUCCCCCCCUCGCGUAUUAAAGGAAGAACGAAGGCAAGCCGCCUCUACGCAGAGGGGAAGGUCAUAUACGGGUUGAAGGAGGACAAGGACUUCAGUGUGUACGCUCACUUCUGCUACAGUAGGGGUCGGUGGGAAAAGGGGAAGAAGGGGGUGUUCAUUGUUACGAACUUUUAUAUCCCCAAUGCGAAGCUGUUAAUUUUGGAGCAGACGGAGCAGGAGAUGCACAGCUAUGUGGAUGGGAAGAACGGAAACACGUGUGCCGAUUUGGAGAAGAAGGCUUUGUUUCUGCACCCCUUUGAUGACAUCCCCCCGGGGGAUUUAAAAGACUCCUAUUUUGUUUAUGAGGGGGACGUUGGUGACCAUCUGAAGGGCACCCAGUUGAGCUUCGUCCUGCUGGCCUGUGGGCGCCAAGUGAAGAACGCCUAUAAAAUUGAAUUCAGGAACAACACGCACUUUUUGAGGAACCACUUUUCUUGCGAGGAGCAGGGGCUGAUCGAGAUCCACCUCCUCCUGGUGGUCAUCCUAGGCGUCCUCUCCCUCGCGUACAGAGCGAAGCAGGAGUCGUUAAGCCGAGCGCACGGCGCCCUGAAGGAGGCCCUCCACAUGGCAGUGAUCUUUUUUGCCCUCUCCAAUAUAUGCUACCUUAUACAUAUCUUUUCUUUCGCUUUCAACGGAAUAGGGUUCACCUCACUGAAGGUGUUCAGCCAGAUAAAUGAAUCCAUUUACGACUGCCUCAUGCUGACCAUCAUUUUUUACAUUAUGGGUUGUACCAUCGAUAAGGAGAGACGGAGGGAAGACACCUUCCGAACGUCGCUCACCUAUGGCGUCCUCAAAUUUUUGUACCUUCUGGUCGAAAUGCAAAACCAGCAGGAGUUGAAUCUCUACGCAUCGUUGCACUCAGUUGUGGCUCUACCGUUUGUGGCUUACCGGGUGGUCACAGCAGCAAUGAUUUACCGAAACUGCAAGCGACUGCUGAUGGAGAAGACCCCGGGGGAGGAGACCUUCUUCAUCCUGCUCCAAAUGUUUCUAUACAACCUCUGGAUUUUGGCCAUCCCCGCGUACUACCUGUUGAUGAGCCAAGCUUCGGUCCAUUUUACCCACCUGUACGUGCACUUCUCGAACCUUUUAAUUUUGAUAUAUUUGGUGCACGUCGUUUCGGAGAAGAAGUACGAAGCCAUGGAAUCCAGGCACCCCUACUUGGAUAUGAAGUGA